UAUCGGAACGAGGAGAUGAGCCUACUGGUCCACAUUGGUAAUAUUCUCGGAGAAGCACAGACACGCGCUCUGGAAGAGAGCGAGUUUAUCCAGGCAUACCUGUCGCGCAUGCAGAACGAUGAGGCGAAAGCAGAGGCCUUAGACAAAGAGUAGAACUAUUGAUUUGACAGCCUGUACUAUAUUAUAACAUAACGCACUAUACUAUAACAUACUCUACAAUAGCAAUGUAUCGUUCUUGUAGAAUAAACGCGAUGCAUGUAGUAUAGUACCCCUUGCUUGAACAGUAUGGAUACGGAGCCCUGGACUGCAUGGUUGGUUACAUUCGCGUUUCCGCCUACCAAGAUGCUCAGUUCGCACGUGACGACUCGCUCCUCCUCCACAUCCACAGCACCCAAGUCAAGUGCACUCGCUAUUGUUUCCUUCAUUUCUCAUCCAAACAACCAUGGCAUCGAAGCAGGACGACAACUUUGACCUCUACGACGAUCCGUAUGUGGCCUCGGGGGGGAACGGUGGCUCUGAUCCCUAUGCCGAGGACGACGAUGACUACUACCACGGUAGUCAUAGAAGCGAUCGUGGGCGUGGUGGAUAUGAUGACGCGGCAGGCAACGAGGGUGAGCGAUCCCGAUUCCAGAGCAACCGAGAUACCUCUGACAGCAGGCCCCGCGAUCAGGUCGACGAUCAUACAGUCUAUGGGCACCAAAAGAGCCAGUACCAGUCUGGGGGGGAUGGCCAGGACGCUUCCGAUUCCGCGGGCGGAUAUGAUCCAGCACAGCCAUACCAUCAACAGCGGGAUUCUCCUUUCCAAAAACAACAGCACCAACAGCAAUCACAGCAGCAAAGCUCGUCGCAAUACUCACGACCCUCUCAGCAGGGAUCGUCGCAUUAUAAUUCAGAAGGGGGCUCGUACAAUCAGCAGCCCCGCCAACAGCAGCAGGCAUCCCUGCAACAGCAGCAACAACAAAACACACAGUCGCAGUCUUCUUCCUCUAGUGGUCGUGAUCAUGGAAAAAUGUUUAUUGGUGGCCUGAACUGGGAAACGACGGAUGAGAGCUUGAAGGCCUACUUUUCACAAUAUGGAGAGCUGACGGAUUGCAUGGUGAUGAAGGACCCGGUGACGAACAAAUCAAGAGGAUUUGGCUUCUUGACCUUUGUGGAUCCCAAGAACGUCGACGCUGUUUUGAAGGAAGACCACCAUUUGGACGGCAAGAUGGUAUGCUUUGUUUUAUAUAAUGUGUUUGUUACACUGCUGUGGUUCUU